GGUAAGCGCAGCGGUUGAUUGAUACUACUUGGAACUUUGUUACAAUGGUUACUGUAAGUACAACGAGGAGAACUUGACAUUUACUAUCACUACUUUCAUCCUCGUGCUCACACAACGUACUUGAUAGUUGCUCACUCACGUAUCCGCAAAUCCCGACAUCGAGGUUUUUUCCUUCACUCUGAAAAGUGAAAGUAUCAGACGUAAAUCAAAGAGAAUACGUAGUCAGAUUCCAACUACUCCCAUAUUAUAUAUACUUCCUUGCCUUGACCUUUGUUGAUACUGGUACUAGCAGGGAGCUUCCACGAACGAUGUAUCGGCUGUUUUCCCGGCACCACGAGGGGCCAAUGAUGCCCGAGGAGCUGUCACCCGACGAAAUCGACCAGCACAGGGUCACGUUAAACCCGCUGAAAAGGUUCACCAUGGACGAGCCAGCGCUGAUUGUGCGAAAGAGCCAAUUUGCGGAACUGUGCCCAGGAAAGUGUUUUUCCCAGGAGUUCUUCAGAGCUCACCAGACAGUGCGCACUUCGCAAGAUAACAAUGUUGUAUCGACCGAGCAGGUGCGUCGAUUGGAGAAGGGCGAAGAAAUCUGUAUCCUAUCCGAAUGCAAGGUGCUGGAUAGUGAUGGCUUGCGCGAGGACAUCGACUUUGGCACAGUUAGACUGAACGACGCUCUUGCCACUGCGGAACACGAAAACCUCGACGGAGAAGAUGCUGCAUGUGACCACGAAGUGCAGAUGAACGACGACGAAAACGUAGCUGUCUCGACGAACAAGUGUAAGGUGAAGGGCGGUUCAGAUGUUGGCGGAAAACAGGAAAGCGACGGUGCUGCGGAGGAUGAUGAAGCGGAAGGCUCAACGGAAAGUGACGAAGUAUCCAGCAAGAACGGGUCAGGUUGCACAUCAGAUGACGAGGACAAGGAAAAGGCGAAAAGCGUGGCGAGUGUGAGUGAGGGUAGUGGUGUUGCGCAGCCUCCUGCGGAUUUGCUGUACCAAUUAGAGUGGUUGCAGCUGCGGCGACAGCUCUUCGAUGAGAGGAAGCAAGUUUGGGAAAACCGGUUUGCUCAGCGUGCUGUGCUUGCGACUCACAUGGACACCGUCACCACUGCACCGUUCAGGGUGUCGGAGCUUUCACAUGCGGAGGCCGCUGCCUAUUCCCUCGAGAUGGACAAAGCCUUCCAGAGGCUGACGAAUAUUCCCACGGUGGCGGAGCGAGCCGUAAAGUUCGAAAUCCGGAAUAUGGCCAACGAUUGCAUCACCAGUGGCGAGUCGGGCUUUUUGAAGAGUCCCUCGCAAGACAAGAAAGUUUUUGAUGCCUACCGCCUUCGCUCUAAAGACCACGAUCCGCUUGGCUACAAGCGAUUUCACGUAACUGGCGAGGCCGGCUGGGAACUUGGAGAGCUGCGCGCGCAAGAGGUUCUCCGAGCCGCCAUCUUUCGUGAAGCAGUCCGGAGCAUGGCGCUCUUCGCCCGAGAUCAUGCCGGUCCGAAAUUGGAAACUUCCUUCCCUGAAAUUCUUCCGCGCGGCACUUUCGACCGUGGGCAACUUCUUUCCUAUACCCGCGUUGAGGAGGGUAAGGAAUGCUUUGCGGAACUUCAACAGGCUAUGAGCGCGAGGUGCACUCUUGGCUUCGUUUUCGGCAAGAAGCAUCGAAUUUUUGCCACCAAGGACAGGCCGCACUCUGAAGAUUGGAAUGAGUACUCGUGCGGGUUUAUGGCCUGCCCAUUCACUGGUGACCUAAUGCCCUAUGUGGGUCUCAUGGACCGUGGAAGAAUUGCAGCCUGGGAAGAUGGCAAAGACACUGGGGAUGGAACUCGAGAAGAAGAAUUGAAGCAAAAGACGGGUGCUUUGGUCCGCUUGAGAUUUUUUGACUACCCGGUCUUUUGGCCCGGUGAAAGUCCUUCUGCUGAAGACAUGCGCGGCCGGAAAGUGCAGGUGUCUCUUGUCGAAGCGACGCAAAAAACGGGCGAUGCUCCUGCUUGUCACAGGGCUGAGGUCUGCAUCGACUAUCCGAAGCAGUACCGCUGUGCGCAUACUGCUGCGCGCAAAGGUCGUGUGGAGCACCAGUCAUCGCGUGUUCAAGCUUUCUUCGACACGAACGAGGAAGCGAGGGAGUUUAUCGCGGAUCUGAGGCGGUUGCGUCGGUUUGUUUUCGAAGUAUCGGAGACAGACGCGUUUCGCAGCGUCAUGAAGUCGUUUGGAGACAUUUUUUCCUGGUUACCCGCGGUUUUCCCGGAUGUUAACUACGAGUUGGUCCGUCCCAAUGUGACCGGGCGCACCACGGGGAGAAUCUCUUUCAAACGCGUUGGAUUUGUGCUCGACUGCCACGACCCAGAGUUGGUACAACUGGAGUUGCGCCGUCUUGGAUCCAUGCCGUGGCUGGACGUGUGUACUUUGAUGUUGCGGGAUAGGGCAAAAAAUCGAGAGCUGUGCGGCGCCACGAUGGACGACCCCAUUACAAUUCAGCUUGUUGCGGUUAAUCCGACGAAGGUGCGUCCCGAGACAAAGACUCCUCUCGAGGAUCAGAACGAAAGUGAUCCUGAGAAGUACUACGAGUACUACGAAGCAGACUCCGACAGUAACUUGUCGUUAACCAGUAAACACUUUCCGCGCCGCGUGCAUGAAGAAGGAAUCGCAACUACGUUUGAAAACCGCGUUUGCAGGAAGAAGCCUGUGUUUAACUUUCGUUCUCUUGGAGAGUACUUCAGGGGGCGGCUUGGGAAGAACAAAAACAAUGCUGACGAGAGCGAUCCUGGUUGUACAACGUCAGACGCGUCUCUGGACAGCGACGAUUACCAAAAGAGAUACCCUCCUCGACAGAGAAGGGAAUCGGACCUAUUAUUUGAGAGGAGUGCGGAAUGGAGGCGAUUGAUGGGUCCGGCGCCUGCCGUGGAUUGGUUGGAAUUGGGUAGAAGGGCGCGUGACGAUUCCAGCGAAGACGAAUGGUAGAGUAUCUGUCGUGUUUGUUUUCACAAAUGGUGUUACUAAGACACAGCGGCGAGGCGAAAAAUAGAAGGGCCGUCUUGUCGUGGAGUGCGCUCAGAAGCGAACCGGUGAAGCGCCAUGAAACGAAAAAACACUCGUCCUGCUUGAUGAGCAUAGUCAUCACCAGUGCCAUUUUCUGCGCGUUACAU